CCCUCCUCACACGGGGAUACUGAAGUUGCUUAGAUACCGCGAGACUCGGCGACCGAGCGACUCGUCAUGUAGAUAGGCAUGGCGUCACUCAGACGGCGAUACUGGAGUGGCGGAGACUGGAAGUCGUAAGCAACGUAAAUCCCGGCGACUCAGCAUGCUGGUCUCCACGCUACUCCAGUAGCCUACGCGGCGCGAUACUGUAUUGUAGCGAACAAUGGGCGAGCAGGCGUUUAAUAUCAAAUUUGUAAACGAAGUUGAGAAACACCCAGAACUCUAUAACUACAAGUUGAAAGGGUAUUCAAAAAAGGAUGUGACUGACAAAGCAUGGAAUGAUGUCGCAAAAGAAGUGCAACUCACAGUUAACGAAUGCAAAGAAAAAUGGAAAAAUCUCCGUUCAGUUUUUGUCCGUCACAUAAAGCCACCUCCAAGUGGUUCAAGUUCCAAAAAUAAGAAACCAUAUUAUCUAUCGGAGGCAAUGAAAUUUACCCUACCAUUCAUAAAAACGCUUGGUACACCAUCGGGGAAUUUGCCAGAAGUCAUCAAUGAACAAAACCUGGAACACAGUUCAUCUGACCCAACACAAAAUACGGAAGACGUUGCGGCUGAAGAGGAGGAAUAUAUCUCAGAUAACGCAAUACUAACUACAACACCACAACUUUCCCUUCCUUCACCUAUGCUGCCAAAUACUGACUUCUCGCAAGAACAUGCUCAUCAUUCCCAACAAAUGACUCAUGAUCCCUUUUCCAACCCAAAAGAUAAUUUAUCAAAGCGUAAAAAGCAAACAGUGACGGAAGUGGACAAGUCCUUUAUGGAAUACAUGAAUGCAAAGAAAAGGAAACUUGAAUCGAAUUCAAACGAUGAUAGGCAAGUAAAAAAGUCGUUUCUUCUAAGCCUUUUACCAGAAAUCGAACCUUUGACAGAUGCACAAAUGAAAUCAUUCCGACGUAGGGUUCUGCAGCUUAUUGAUGACAUCACGAAUCCAAAAGACAUGCACCAACACGUACCAGCUUACCAACAGACCCCAACUUACUCCUACAGUGUUUCCACGCAUUCAUCGUUGGCUACAGAUAAUGCUUCAAUUUGUUCGUCGCCUGGAAAUCAAACUAUUCCACAGAAAGUACAAGAUACUGAAAGCCACCAGGCCGCCACCUCACUGGUGGUGCGCCGCUCGCGCUGUCCGCGUGGCACGAUGUCCCUGCCUGCGGUGUGCUCCGAGCAGCCACCAGGCCGCCACCUCACUGGUGGUGCGCCGCUCGCGCUGUCCGCGUGGCACGAUGUCCCUGCCUACGGUGUGCUCCGAGCAGCCACCAGGCCGCCACCUCACUGGUGGUGCGCCGCUCGCGCUGUCCGCGUGGCACGAUGUCCCUGCCUGCGGUGUGCUCCGAGCAGCCACCAGGCCGCCACCUCACUGGUGGUGCGCCGCUCGCGCUGUCCGCGUGGCAUGAUGUCCCUGCCUGCGGUGUGCUCCGAGCAGCCACCAGGCCGCCACCUCACUGGUGGUGCGCCGCUCGCGCUGUCCGCGUGGCACGAUGUCCCUGCCUGCGGUGUGCUCCGAGCAGCCACCAGGCCGCCACCUCACUGGUGGUGCGCCGCUCGCGCUGUCCGCGUGGCACGAUGUCCCUGCCUACGGUGUGCUCCGAGCAGCCACCAGGCCGCCACCUCACUGGUGGUGCGCCGCUCGCGCUGUCCGCGUGGCACGAUGUCCCUGCCUGCGGUGUGCUCCGAGCAGCCACCAGGCGGCCACCUCACUGGUGGUGCGCCGCUCGCGCUGUCCGCGUGGCACGAUGUCCCUGCCUGCGGUGUGCUCCGAGCAGCCACCAGGCCGCCACCUCACUGGUAG